AUGAUUACUGCCGUUGCACCCAAUGCCGAUCUUCGCCAGCACUACGACGAGCACGGCGUCGUCCAUGUGGCCGACCUGAUCGACCCAUCCGAGGUGGAUGGCAUCCGCACUUCUUUCAUGGCCCAGGUGCACGAGGACCGUAGCGCCGUCGGCUUCGAUGACAACGUGCCGGCCGACGACGUCCUCGCGCGCUUCCCGCGCUUUGUCCAUCCGCACCGCCGCCCCGACCUCGCCGUCGGCCGGCUCGCCCGUCGCUACAUGCUCGAUCGUCGCAUCGUCGACCGGGUCGAAGCCAUGGUCGGUGCCCCCGUCCACGGCGCUCAGUCCAUGUUCUACUUCAAGCCGCCCGGAGCCCGCGGUCAGGCCCUGCACCAGGACAACACCGCCCUGCACGCUCAUCCCGAGACCUGCAUCGCUGUCUGGAUCGCCGUCGACCCUGUCGAUGAUUACAACGGCGGCCUCCGGCUCGUUCCCGGAAGCCAUCGCUAUGCUCUCGUCUGUCCUUCUGACGAGGCCGACCAGGCCACGUCCUUUAGCAAAAACACGCUCGUCCUGCCCGACGGUCUCACCACCCAGCCGUCACAGAUGCGGCCGGGCGACGCCCUCUUCUUCCACGGAAACAUUGUACACGGGUCCGGGCCCAAUCACUCGGCCGACCGCUUCCGCCGCUCGCUCAUCUUCCACUAUGUGCCGCAGGCCAGCGUGGCCAUUGCCCGCUUCUACCUGCCGCUGGUCGGCCCCGACGGCAAGGACGUGCUCAUUGUGGGUUCGAACGAGGGCGGCGUCUGUGGAGAAGCCUGGGUGACGGACAAGGGGCAUCUUUUCCAUCGAAAUGACAUUGAGGAAGCCCUUGAGCAUGGCGGAACUCAGAGCUUUGAUGAAGCCAUCGGCUUCCUGAUCCUUCGUACCGACAAUCCUGACAACAAUGGUUUGCAGGCGAAUUUGUUGACUUAA